GACUGCCAGUUUAUUUAACUUAUAUCUUAUGGCAUAUAAAGUGAUUUUGAAUUUACAUACGCAUUCAGCAACGAAAUACCAAAUUGUAUGUGCCAACGACACGCACACACACACACACCCAAAACCAGACGCACGGUCCGAUGCAGUAGCGUCCCAAAACUUGUUGUUGACUGCGCCUCGAUUUGCCGGCAACAGCCGAAGAACAACAACUGCGACAACUGAGCGCAACUGAGCGCAACACCCACUCAUCGCCAACUGGUCAAACGUGUGCUGAUGGCACGCACAGCACAAGACGUGCUCGGCGUGCUGCGCGGCCUGCAAAUCGUUGCGGAGGCGUGCGGUCGCGAGCAUCUGGCGCUGACUAAGCAUCUGUGGAGCAAUUCGAGUGUGCGCGAGCUGCUUGAGGCCAAUGUGAAUCAGACGGUGGACGCGCUGCGCACGGCCAGCGAACAGCCCAGCGAGGAAUUGAAAAAGGCUCAAGCCCUGCUCCAGGAGACCGGCGAACGUGGCUACGUGGUGGCCCAGGGUCUGUCCCACUUGCUGCAAACCAAAAUCGCUUGUGAUCUGAACGGCCUGCAGCCCAUCGGCUGGCAGCCCAGCUCGAGCACAACAGCUGCUGCGGACGGCGCUGUUGGUCACGUGUCGCGCUCAAGUCGCAGCCAUUCGGAUGUUGCCGAUGCCGCCAAUCUGGAUAUAUCGUCCAUAACGCUGUUGGAAUUCGAGGAAAUUCUCUCCAAGCGCAACAUGAAUCGCAACGUCAGCCUGCGCACGCCCGCCACGCCCAGCAAGCAGCUGCCCACCGAACCGAAGGCGACGACGCCAACGAUCAAGGCGACGCCGCCAGCGCCCAGCGGCAAUGAGGGCAUCCUCAGCAGGGACACCGAAUAUGUGGACAAUCUGAUGCGCUUUGUGGCCGGCACCUCGACCAUGGCAUCAUCGACGGCGGCAAAAACUGCUGCUCCGAAGGCCCCCGAAUCGACGCUGCCGGAACUGAGCAAGGUGGCCAAGCAGCGGCGUGUGCCGGCAUCGCGUCUGGGUCGCAUGGCCACAUUUGGCGGCCUCUUCGCCGGCCUCGGCGUGGGCACCAUUAAUGAGCUGACAAAGGGCGCCCUGGGAUUGGGCGGCUCAACGAAUAUGCGCGACGCACUGCUGAGCCCGGCGAACGCGGAACGCAUUGUCGAUACGCUGUGCAAGGUGCGCGGCGCCGCGCUCAAGAUUGGCCAGAUACUGAGCAUACAGGACACAAACGUUGUCUCGCCGCAGCUGGCCAAGGCGUUCGAGCGGGUGCGCCAGGCGGCCGACUAUAUGCCCGACUGGCAGGUGGAGCGCGUGAUGAACACACAGCUGGGUCCCGAUUGGCGCAAACGUUUGCGCAGCUUCGAUGACAAACCGUUUGCGGCGGCAUCCAUUGGCCAGGUGCAUCGGGCCACGCUGCUCGAUGGCAUGGAGGUGGCCAUUAAGAUACAAUAUCCGGGCGUUGCCCAGAGCAUCGAGAGCGAUAUUGAUAAUCUGGUUGGCAUGCUCAAGGUCUGGGAUGUCUUCCCCCAGGGCUUCUUUAUCGACAAUGUGGUGCGCGUCGCCAAGCGCGAGCUGCAGUGGGAGGUCGACUAUGCACGCGAGGCGGACUAUACCGAAAAGUUUCGCCAAAUGAUUUCACCCUACAAGGAAUAUUAUGUGCCCAAGGUGGUCCGUGAGCUGACCACCUCCAGUGUCCUGACCACGGAACUGGUGCCAGGUGUGCCCCUCGACAAGUGCUUUGAGCUCAGCUAUGAACAUCGCUCACACAUCGCCGCCUCUGUGCUGAAGCUCUGCCUGCGCGAGCUGUUCGAGAUCGAGUGCAUGCAAACGGAUCCGAACUGGUCGAACUUUCUGUACGAUGUGAACAGCCGGCGUCUGAUGCUGAUUGACUUUGGAUCGACGCGCUUCUACAAGCACGACUUCAUACGAAACUAUCGGCAGGUCAUCAUCAGUGCGGCGCAGAAUAAUCGGGAUGGCGUGCUGCAGAUGUCGCGCGAAAUGGGCUUCCUGACGGGCUAUGAGACAAAGCAAAUGGAGCAGGCGCAUGUCGACGCUGUUAUGAUACUCGGCGAGAUCUUUCGCUAUGAUGGCGAUUUUGAUUUUGGCAAACAGAAUACGACCGAGCGCCUGGCCGCCCUGGUGCCCACAAUGGUGGCGCACCGUCUCUGUCCGCCGCCCGAGGAGAUCUACUCGAUACAUCGCAAGCUGUCGGGCAUCUUUUUGCUGUGCGCCCGUCUCAAUGUGCGCAUGAACUGUGUGCCCUUCUACAAGGACAUCAUUUUGGGCAAGUUCAAGGACUAAUUCGCUAACAGCUUGUUAACAUUUUUGUGUUUCUGUUGUGCCUAUUGACAAAACAAAAGUGCUCUUAGUUUCUAUGUUUGCUACUAAAUGAAAGUUGACUAAAAUGUUUAUGUAGAACGGGUGCGGCAUAAAUAAACUUGUUUUAAUAUUCAAAA